AUGUUCCUCACCGUGUUCCUCAGCGACAACGAGCAGCACUUCACCGAGGUCCCCGUGACCCCCGAAACCACGUGCCGAGAUGUGGUGGAUCUGUGCAAAGAACCUGGAGAGAGCGAGUGCCACCUGGCUGAAGUGCGCUGCGGCUCUGAGCGUCCGGUUGCUGAUAACGAGCGCAUGUUUGAGGCUCUGCAGCGGUCUGGAAGUCAGAGGAACGAAGUUCGUUUCUUCCUUCGUCACGAACGGCCCCCCGGCAGGGACACAGUGAGUGGACCAAGGUCUCAGGAUCCAAGUUUAAGAAGAAACGGUGUAAAAGUUCCUGGUGAACAUCGAAGGAAGGAGAAUGGCGCUGGCAGCCCCGGGAUGGAUCUGACUCUGGCCGAGCUUCAGGAGAUGGCGUCCCGCCAGCAGCAGCAGAUUGAGGCCCAGCAGCAGAUGCUGGCCACUAAGGAACAGCGCUUGAAGUUUUUGAAACAGCAGGAUGAGCGCCAGCAGCAGCAGGCUGCGGAGCAGGAGAAGCUGAAGAGGCUGAAGGAGAUCGCGGAGAGCCAGGAGGCGAAGCUGAAGAAAGUGAGGGCGCUCAGGGGCCACGUGGAGCAGAAGAGGCUGAAGAACGGCCGGCUCGUGGAGGAGAUCGAGCAGAUGAACAGCCUGUUCCAGCAGAAGCAGAGGGAGCUGGUUCUGGCCGUGUCCAAGGUGGAGGAGCUGGGCAGGCAGCUGGAGGUGCUCAAGAACGGCCGGCUGGACGGGCGGCACGAUGGCAGGUGCGCCGCGGCCGAGCUCGACCGCCUCUACAAGGAGCUGCAGGGGCUGCCGGCACCCAGCCGCGUGGCCGCGGUAGGCCCCUACAUCCAGUCGUCCACGAUGCCCCGCGUCCCCUCGAGGCCGGAACUGGUGGUGAAGCCCGCUCUGCCUGACGGCCCCGGGGCCCUGCAGGCUUCGGAGGGGGCGCUCAGAGUACACACGCUGCCCAGCACGCGGUCUGCGGCUGCCGCCCAGGCCAGAGGCUCUAAAAUCCAUCCACUCAGCCCUGACUGGAGCCCCCCGAGUGCAGACGUCACCGUGAGCCAGCCCUCCGGGCCUGCACCCACCGGCUCUGGGCGGGCCCUGGACCAAGUUGACGAUGGAGAGGUUCCCCUGAGAGAGAAAGAGAAGAAAGUUCGCCCCUUUUCAAUGUUGGACUCGGUGGACCAGUCGGCUGGCCCUGCCCCCUGUGGGGGUCUGAGGAAAAACCAAAGCAGUGAGGACAUCUUGCGGGACGCUCAGGCUGCAAAUAAAAAUGUGUCUAAAGUACCGCCUCCCGUUCCGUCAAAACCAAAACAGAUUAAUUUGCCUUAUUUUGGGCAAACGAAUCCGUCACCCUCAGACGUUAAGCCGGACGGAAACCCUCAGCAGUUAUCAACAGCGGCUGCAUCCGUGGGAAAUAAACCCAAGACAGCAGGGCAGCAGCGGGGUCUGCUGUCCCCCGGCGCACCUUCCGUCGGCCAGGGCCCGGCCCUCGCUCCAGCUUGUAAGCAAGAAAGUCCCCCUGCGGCCGCCGUCCGGCCCUUCACUCCGCAGCCUUCCAAAGAUGCCCCUCCUCCGCCCUUCAGAAAGCCCCAGACGGUGGCCACGAGCUCCAUAUACUCCAUGUACACGCAGCACCAGGCGCCCGGGAAGAACUUCCAGCAGGCCGUGCAGAGCGCGUUGACCAAGACGCAUUCCAGAGGCCCGCACUUCUCAAGCGUCUACGGCAAGCCUGUGCUCGCUGCUUCCCAGACCCAGCAGCAGCAUCCGGAGAACGUCUAUUCCAGCAGCCAGGGCGAGCCCGGCAGUCCCGAACCUGACCCGGAGCCCGUGGCGCCCGCUCAGGAGAACCACGAGAACGAAAGAAUUCCUCGACCGCUCAGCCCGACCAAAUUGCUGCCUUUCUUGUCCAAUCCCUACCGGAACCAGAGUGACGCUGACUUAGAAGCCCUGCGGAAGAAACUGUCCAACGCCCCACGGCCGCUGAAAAAACGGAGCUCCAUUACAGAGCCAGAGGGGCCCAAUGGGCCAAAUAUCCAGAAACUCUUGUACCAGAGGACCACCAUCGCUGCCAUGGAGACCAUCUCUGUCCCCUCGUAUCCGUCCAAGCCGACUCCAGGCACGGCCGACUCAGAAGGCCCAGGAGAAAUCCAGAAUCCGUACUCACAUGUGGAGCCAGAGAAGGAGACGGUCUCUCUGGUUCCCGAAUCGGUGUCCCCGGAGGAAGCGGGGAGCACCGGUGCGGAGAACGGCGACAUUCCAGCUCCUUCACCAGGCCUCGACUGUGUGCCCGAAGGAGUCCCAGACGGCAGCCCACGUUUCCAGAAUAGUGUGGAAGAACCGAGAGCAGAGACUCCGCACCUGCUCGAGGUGUACCUGGAGGAGUACCCCCCGGGCGCGGGGCCCCUGCCCCGCACGGCCCCUGCGCUGCGCAUCACGGUCACCGCCGUGGUUGUCCACCCCGAAAUCGCGCCGCGUGUGUGCAGCACGGCGCACCUCCGCGAAGUUGCCGCUUUGCGGGCUGUGUGCGAGGCGCUUACCGGCAAAAGGACAAACUUACGUAAAACUGGCUCUGACAGGAUCGCCCAUGGCAUGAGGGUGAAGUUCAACCCCCUGGCCCUGCUCCUGGACUCCUCUCUGGAGGGGGAGUUUGACCUCGUUCAGAGAAUUAUCUAUGAGGUUGAUGACCCAAGCCUGCCGAAUGAUGAGGGCAUCACCGCCCUUCACAAUGCCGUGUGCGCGGGCCAUACAGAAAUCGUGAAGUUCCUGGUGCAGUUUGGUGUGAACGUAAAUGCCGCAGACAGUGACGGAUGGUAA